GCUCCAUGGAGCGCGCGAGCGCCGCGACCCCCGGGGGCUACGUGCCCGGCUUUUUGCUGGCCCUUCAGACCAAGAGCGGAGCCGAGGCGCCGCGGGCGCUGGUGCAGGAGCAGGAAUUAAGGCAGUGGGGCCUGACAGCCUUUUCCUAGAAUCUUCGAAGCUUGAAACUUGCAUUCCCCUGAGGUCUGCAGGCAGCGAGCCUGACUGCAUCUCCUGCGGAUGGAGAGACCCGGGUCCUGUUUGCUGACCUGCGCUUGAAUCCCCACCUAACGUCUCCGGUCCUUGUUUUCUUCAUAAAAUGGAGCACGCAGUGCGUGCCUUGACUGUGUGACAGAACAUUGGACAACAGUAGGAUUCAUCUACACUCUUACCAGCUUGAGGGAGUCAACUGGCUGGCUCAGCGCUUCCAUUGUCAGAAUGGCUGCAUCUUGGGAGACGAGAUGGGCCUGGGGAAGACCUGCCAGGCUAUUGCUCUCUUCAUUUACUUGGCAGGAAGACUGAAUGAUGAAGGGCCAUUCCUGAUUCUUUGUCCCUUGUCUGUUUUAAGCAACUGGAAAGAAGAGAUGGAAAGAUUUGCUCCAGGUCUUUCCUGUGUCACAUAUGCAGGUGACAAGGAGGAGAGAGCCCACCUACAGCAAGACCUGAAACAGGAGGCUUGUUUUCAUGUACUGCUAACUACCUAUGAGAUUUGCUUGAAAGAUGCAUCAUUUCUAAAAUCCUUCCCUUGGAGUGUUCUUGUUGUAGAUGAAGCUCACAGAUUGAAAAACCAAGGCUCCUUGCUGCAUAAGACACUUUCAGAGGAUUAUUAUCCCCUUAUAGUUGAAACCGAAGAGGUGUAUUUCCAACAUCAAACAAGUAGUGUACAACUUGAAUUAGUCUUCAGUCUCCUGUUGACCGGAACUCCCAUCCAGAACAGCCUCCAAGAGCUCUACUCUCUCCUGAGUUUUGUGGAGCCUGAUCUCUUUUCCAAGGAGCAGGUGGAAGAUUUUGUUCAGCGUUACCAGGAUAUUGAGAAAGAGUCUGAGUCAGCAAGUGAACUACACCAGCUCUUGCAGCCAUUUCUGCUGAGGCGAGUGAAAGCUGAGGUAGCUACAGAGCUUCCCAAGAAGACGGAAGUAGUGAUAUACCAUGGCAUGUCAGCAUUGCAGAAGAAAUAUUACAAGGCCAUUUUGAUGAAAGACCUAGAUGCAUUUGAAAAUGAGACAGCAAAGAAAGUUAAACUUCAGAAUGUCUUGUCUCAGCUUCGAAAGUGUGUGGAUCACCCUUACUUGUUUGAUGGUGUGGAACCAGAGCCUUUUGAAAUUGGAGACCACCUGAUUGAGGCCAGUGGGAAACUUCACCUGCUGGAUAAGCUGCUGGCAUUCCUGUAUUCCAGGAGCCAUCGAGUUCUACUUUUCUCCCAAAUGACCCAGAUGUUGGAUAUUCUCCAAGACUAUAUGGAUUAUAGAGGCUACAGCUAUGAGCGUGUGGAUGGUUCUGUGAGAGGAGAAGAGAGACACCUGGCCAUUAAGAACUUUGGACAGAAGCCCAUUUUUAUUUUUCUCCUCAGUACUAGGGCAGGUGGAGUUGGCAUGAACUUAACGGCAGCAGAUACCGUUAUUUUUGUUGACAGUGAUUUCAAUCCUCAGAAUGACUUGCAAGCAGCUGCCAGGGCUCACCGAAUUGGCCAGAACAAGUCUGUGAAAGUCAUUCGGCUGAUUGGCCGAGACACCGUGGAAGAAAUAGUCUGCAGGAAAGCAGCCUCAAAACUGCAGCUCACCAACACGAUCAUAGAAGGAGGCCAUUUCACUCUGGGUGCCCAGAAACCCGCAGCUGACGCGGACCUGCAGUUGAGUGAGAUACUCAAAUUUGGUUUGGAUAAACUGCUGUCCUCUGAGGGGAGCACCAUGGAUGAUAUAGACCUGGAGUCUAUCCUGGGAGAAACAAAAGAUGGUCAGUGGGUCUCUGAUGCCUUGCCUACAGCAGAAGAAGGAAGCAGAGAACAAGAGGAAGGAAAAAACCAUAUGUACUUAUUUGAAGGUAAAGAUUAUUCUAAGGAGCCUAGUAAAGAAGAUAGACAAUCAUUUAAGCAACUGGUAACUCUUCAGAAAACCCUUCUGGAGGAAACUAGUCAAGAGGGCCGGUUACUUCGAAAUAAAGGCAGUGUUCUCAUCCCAGGCCUUGUGGAGGGCUCUACCAAGAGGAAGCGGAUUCUGAGCCCAGAAGAGCUGGAGGACAGGAGGAAGAGAAGACAAGAAGCAGCAGCCAACAGAAAGAGACUAAUGGAGGAGAAGAAAAGGAAAAAGGAAGAAGAGGAACAUAAGAAAAAGAUGGCCUGGUGGGAGUCCAACAGUUACCACUCCUUCUGCCUGCCUUCCAAGGAUAGCGAACCAGAGGACCUAGAGGAUGGGGAAGAUGAGAGCCCUGUCCAUCUGGAUUAUGAAGACCCAGACUCGACCUCCAUCAACUAUGUUAGUGGUGACGUCACCCACCCACAAGCUGGGGCAGAGGAUGCUGUCAUCGUGCACUGCGUAGAUGAUUCUGGCCGCUGGGGCCGAGGUGGUUUAUUCACAGCUCUGGAAACACGAUCUGCUGAGCCAAGAAAAAUAUAUGAGCUGGCUGGGAAAAUGAAAGAUUUGAGUUUGGGAGGUGUCCUUUUAUUUCCUGUUGAUGAUAAAGAGUCAAGAAACAAAGGGCAAGAUUUGUUGGCCUUGAUUGUGGCUCAGCAUCGUGAUCGCUUCAACGUCCUGUCUGGCAUUAAGAUGGCAGCCCUAGAAGAAGGCCUGAAGAAGAUAUUUUUAGCAGCAAAGAAAAAGAAAGCAAGUGUCCAUCUUCCACGCAUUGGACACGCCACGAAAGAUUUUAACUGGUAUGGUACUGAGCGACUUAUUCGGAAACACUUGGCUGCAAAAGGCAUCCCAACUUACAUAUAUUACUUUCCUAGAAGCAAGGCUGCUGUUUUUCCUUCACAGUCCUCACAUUCCUCCUAAGGACAGCUGGUGCCUUUGCAGUCGGUCCAGCAUCGGCUUCCGCCUUCAGCAAUCAGCUAAGAAGAUACUUGCUCAGAGCUACUGUAAUAGAGUAUUUCAGAAAGGUCUCAGGAUCUGGUGGACCUCUAAGAUGCUGUUUUUUGAAUUCUCAUUUUGUUCUCCUGGAUGUGUUACUCUGAUUUGGUACCUGUAAUACAGGGAUGUACAACUUAUUCAGGGAAGUCUUUUGGCAGCUUGCCAGGGUCCCAGUUUGCAUAGCUAUUUGCAUAAUAAUUUUUCUAUCUCUAAUGGUUUCAUUGCUUUCUUUCCUGCCUAUCAGACUGAUUUCUUUAGAGAGGGGAAGGCUAUAUAGAUUAAGAAGAAAUGAAAGGUAACAGGAGACCAGGGUGGCUCUGGGAGAAGGAAGCACCUUCGGCCAAUUCAUGCCUUGAAAAGACAGUGCUCUGAGGGGCAGAGGCUGAGAAGUGAAAGUCCUCAUCCAGACAACUGGAGCCUGUCCUGCCGUUCUUUUUGCACUGCUCAGCAUCAAGAUCUAGAAGAACACACAUUGGCCUAGAGGGCUGUCAGAUGUGACUUUAGAGAAACCAGAUCUCCUUUCCCCUUCCCGCCCAGUACAGUUUGGCCGCAAGAAAUUAGGCAAUCGUGGAAAUAGCACGAAGCUGACAGAGAAUGUCAGAUUGGGGAGGGCAGUGGGCUGAGGACCUCCAGAGAAGGAGUCAUGGGGGGAGACACUAUGUAAGCUGUGGCUUUUCACCCUUUUGUACGUGAAGUUUCAGUCUUGGCCAACCAUCCUCAACCAGCCUGAUUUCUGCUGCUUUGAGGCCCUCCACACCUGGAGUGCUUUGGAGGCCUCUUCAGAAGCCUCAGCCCUAGGCCAUUGAUUCAGGGAACUUGACUACUUACUGGUGGACUCAGAGCCCAGACCAUGACCUUCUAAGGAAGGCGGUACCUUUAGCACCUGGAUUGUACUGUUCUGUUUGACUCCCUCCCCAGCACCUCACCCUUCAACAAUUUAGCAUCUGUGUUGAAACACUGUUAGACCCUAAAGUCAUGAUUCCUUAAUUUUUUCCCCUAAGACUUCUUACUUUCAUUUUUACUGGCUCCUAUCUGCUACUCUUAGCACCAGGCCUCUAUACAUAGGUUAUUAUAAUAACUUUAACCUCUUGAUUAGCAUCUUAAGUCUCUCCUACAACUAGAAGCAGAUUGGAACUCCAAAAAGGGAAAAGGUAGUGAAACCUAACGUAAUGCACAGGUAAGUUGCCGUGCCUUCAAAAGCAGCCAAAGUCCAGAGAGGUGGGAUAUCAGCAAAUGCCAAGAAGACUUGGUUGUCCAAAGCUGCGUACCCUCCUGAAAAGCCGUACUCACUUCUGACAACAGGGAGCAAAGGGCUUGCUGUGGGUGUUUCUGAACAUCUGAGAGAAGCCUCAGAGCAGGAAACUCACUCCCAAGGGGAGCACAGCUGACUUUUUCAGGGGCUUGGUGUUUUUGAGGAGAGAAGGGCCUCUCUGUCCCCCGUGCUCCAGCCACAUGGGCUUUCCUCUGAGUGGAGGCCCUGGGCCGUGAAUCUGUUUCCUGGUCAGCUGAACAAAACAACCCAGAAGGAGAUCAGAAAACUCACAUAGCACAUUCUCCCUUAAACGCAGGGUCACCUGUUGGUAACAGCCUCCCACUUUCCUUGUCUACCUCUCUUAGCUCUUCAGAGUCAAGAAACACUGCCCUACUGUAUCUCUCUAGUCGUUCAUAUCUUUUAUAAUCCUGUCACCCUUCCCAUUCAAGGACUGUCAUUCUCUGGGAAAGAAGAAUGAGAGAAGCUACCUAUUCAGUUUAUCCCGAGGAGUUUUUGUUCUGUUACUUCCACAGCAGCCCUCCCCUCUGAGGAGGCUACAGUGGAGUCAAGAGGACAAUACAAGAUUUUAUUCACUGAUGAGCUUUUGUGAAGAAGUUUGUGCCCUAAACACCAAUAUAAAAACCCUGCUUAUUGAGAUAGUGAAGAACUUGUCUGUUGAAACUUAUAUAUAUAUAUAUAUACACACACACACACACACACACAAUCUUACAU